UGAUGGAACCGAUGGCUUUCUUCUAUUCCCCUGCGAAUACCAGCACGAGCUCCAGCUUAAGCUGGAGCUCGUCUGCUUUCUGUCGCAACCAUGUCGGGUAACGUGACUGACACACAUUCCUACAGCUUGCCCGCAUCUGUCCCCGCAACUCGAUGGAGAUCGAUCCACGCCUGCGCCCUCCUAGCGAUCAUAGCCCUGCUACUGGAGGAGCAGAUACAAGACAUUCUUACAUCGCAUCCCCUGCAUCAGCACAGGACGAUACUGUCACCUCCGCCCAUACAACGGCGAGCGACUAUCCGGACCCUCCCUCGCACUUCGCACGCGAGUCAGGUAACCAUGCGUACUACAACACGACUGGCGGUCAACCGCAGGGAUCGCAUCCACUAUAUCAAGCAGGACAAAGCGCCAGCCCCGUCAUUCCGGGCUUUCAUCGACUGGAGUCGACCGAUCCAAAUGACCCGUACGCCGAUCUGAAACGACCUCGUGCAUGUGAAGCAUGCCGACAGCUCAAAGUUCGAUGCGAGCCUGACCCUAUCAAUCCCAACGGACCGUCGUGUAAACGGUGCGCGAAGGCUGGGAGAGCUUGUGUCGUGACUGCGCCGACUCGCAAGCGCCAGAAGAAGACGGAUAGUCGGGUUGCGGAGUUGGAGAGGAAGAUUGAUGCGUUGACUGCUAGUUUGCAGGCCUCGCAGGGCGGUGAUGCGCUAUUCGAUCAGGGUAAUACUGGGUUACCACAGCGGGAAGAGCAUCAUGGACGACGGUGGCUUGCGUCGAAGCAGAAUGUUUCAAAUGGACCUCCUUCGACUCUGGGUUCUCCGGCCAGUGUGGCGGGGACCAAACGGCGUUAUAGCGGGGAGAUGAAAGAUCCAAGAGAAAAUGGGCAUCCGCCCCCGCCCCCUGCAUACCCCCGCCAGGAUAGCCCCUCCGCUGCAGAGAGAAUGCGCGACCAGACGUCCUCGUCCUCGAAGCGGUGGCAGAAUACUUGGUUCACUUUGGACAAUGCCCCGAAAACAGAGACUAAAGAAUUUGUUGAUAUGAUCGAUCGUGGCUUGGUCACCGCGCAUAUUGCGUCUCAAGCGUUCGAUCGAUAUGUCGAGGAUAUGGCCCCCCAGCUACCCGUCGUGGUGUUUCCCGCUGGAACGCGAAUGGAGGAUGUACGGAGGACCAAGCCAGUUUUGUUGCAAGCAAUUGUAGCUGUUUCUAUGGGGCCUUUCCAACCCGAGUUGCAGAUGCCCCUUAUCGACGACUUUUAUAAAAUCAUCGCGGAGCGUACUGUGGUGAAGGGCGAAAAGUCAUUGGAGCUGGUGCAGGCGAUAUUAGUAUCCUGCAACUGGUACAUACCGCCCGACAACUUUGAAGAGCUCAAGUUCUAUCAAUUGGUACACCUGGGGGUUUCGAUUGGAAUGGACAUUGGGAUGAACCAAAGGACCGUAGCCAGCAAGCCGAUCAAGUCGCUCAGGGAAAUCCUUGGGAGGAAACCAUCUUGGUUGGAUCCAGAUUCGCCAGAAAUUCGAAGAGCUUGGCUGGGGUGCUAUCUACAAGCCGUACAAAUGUCUAUUUCCUUGAGGCGUGUUCUACUUGUACGAUGGCAGCCGUAUAUGGACGAAUGUCUUGAGAUAUUGGAAAAGUCCCCUGCCGCUUUGCCAUCAGACAAAGCGCUCAUUCAGUGGGCUAAAAUUUCGCAUAUCACUGAAGAAGUCGGCUUCCAGUUCUCCCCAGAGGAGCUUGGAUCCAGCGCAUCUUUCUCGGACCCAAAAACCCAGUAUACCCUGAGAGUUUUUGAGAAGCAGUUGGAUCAAUGGAGGAGAGAGACCCCACCAGAUGUUUAUUGCGCAACAAUGAGGCAAUCCGACUACAUACUAAACCUCUGUAUGCACGAGACUGCGAUGCAAUUUGGUUCUAAUGACCAGCAAACAACACCAGAAGAUGAUUAUUCAAGCCCCACUAGUGCGGCUCACAUGAACGCCCUGUCUAUCUGUCUCACUUCCAUCCACCAUUGUCUGGAUAUGGUCUCGUCCGUUGAUACCCGGACGUUCCUCAGUUUUCCUACUUCGAAUCUGGCGCGAACCUCCUAUGCAAUGGUCGCUUUGAUUAAACUUUAUUCUCUUGUCUCGACCCCGGAGACCCGAAUUGGACAAGUGAUCGACCCUGCCAGUUUGAAAGUCGAAUGGUACAUGGACAAAGUCCUUGAACGUUACCGGGUUGCGGGUUCUCAUCCCGGUGGACGUACUGCAGCCAAGUUCUCGGUGGUUUUAAACUUGCUUCGGAGCUGGUUUAUGAAACGCAAAGACCAGCACGUGGCGUUGAGGGAGGCAUUUGACGGCGGAGGGAAACAGUUCAGCAUAUGCAACAGCAUCAGGGAGUCGGCGGAGAACAACGAAGAAAGGAGUCAACCGGCAAAAAUGGGUCCCACCCCUCUCCACCUUCUUAGUGAAGUCGCUAUGGGAGAACCUACUACAAAUCGCCCAAAUUCCAGACCAGCCUCAUCCCAGCCUCGACCAGGCUACACCGCUUCCGAACCCAUCGCAUCAUCGGACCUGGCAUCUCAACCCCUAGGCCCAGAAACAGCCACAACGACCACAGCAGCCACUGAUUCUGACCAAUGGGUUCAGUACCCCCCUGUUCCUAUCUCUUCAGCCUCCCAUGCUCAUUCUCGCCCGUUCUAUCCUUCCUUCAGCAAUCCAAACUAUCAGGACAUGCCCGGGUAUCCCGACCCAAACAGCGGGAAUAUGCUCAUGUCCACGCCGAACCAGGGGGUCUUUGUUCCCGAACUAGGAAUGCAGGUCGGGUUUGAUCCUGAGAAUCUGUUUGCGUUGGGCAAUAUGCUAGGUGAUGGCUUUUUCAAUCUUACGUUUCCGCUUGAUGGGAAUGCGGGAUACUUCUAACUUUCGUUUUUUUUCUUUCUUUUUUCUUUCUUUUUUCUUUCUUUUUUCUUUCUUGUUCAUUCAUUUGGGAUUUAUUUUGUUUGAGUCAUUUUAGAUAUCCUCGAAGGCUAUACUGGGCGUUUGGGUCGUGGAGUUUGUCUGUUGAUAUGGUGUGACAAUUUUUGACGUGGAAAUAGAAACCUUAUUAUCUUCUCUAAGACUUGAU